AUGGACAGUCAACGAGAAAAAGAGCGCGAUCGGUCUAGGCGUGGAGAUCGUCCAUCCAGGUUUUCUGAUGCAACUCGAGAUCGUUCCAACGAUCGCGAUCGCCCUGAAGGCAAGAGAUUGUUUGUCUCAAAUAUACCUUAUGAAUUCAGGUGGACUGAGCUUAAGGACUUGUUUAAAGAAAAGGUUGGAGAUGUGGCUUACGUCGAACUUUUCAAUGAUGAAAAUGGUAAACCUAGAGGUUGCGGUGUUGUCGAAUUCACCAGCUCUGAAGCAAUGAAAAAAGCACUAUUUGUUAUGCACCGUUAUGAAUUAAAUGGAAGAAAACUUGUAUUGAAGGAAGAAACAGGUAAUGAAAGGAACAGGUUGAAUUCGUCACGAUCUGGUGGUGGUGGAGGAGGCGGAAGUGGCAGUGGGGGCCGAAAUAACAGAGAUGACAAAGAUUGGUCAAUUAAUAAACCGAGAGAGCCUGAAAACUACAAUACUUAUGGCCUUAGUUUACAGUUUCUGGAAUCUAUAAAUGUACAACCACCAUUGGUGAAGAAAGUUUUUGUGGCCAAUCUUGAUUAUAAAGCAGAUCGCAAUAAAAUAAAAGAGGUAUUUAAAAUGGCUGGAAAAGUACGCAACAUUGAUCUGGCUGUUGACAAAGAUGGUAAUAGCAGAGGGUUUGCUGUUAUUGAAUAUGAUCAUCCUGUAGAAGCUGUACAGGCUAUAUCUAUGUUUGAUAAACAAAUGUUGUAUGACAGAAGAAUGACAGCCCGUAUGGACAGAGGAAACUCUGAUAAAACUGAAGUAAGAUUGCCUGAAGGGCUUAAGAGUAUUGGUCUUGGGCUAGGUCCCAAUGGCGAACCACUGAGGGAUGUUGCAAGGAAUGUCAUGCCAGGUCAAGCACCAUCCAACACCAGCUUAAACAUUGGAAAUACGGGUAAUACAUUAGGGACAAGUGUUCUGGGUGCAGUACCUACCUCUGGAGUUACGUUGAAUGGACUUGGCACUGGACUAGCUGCUAAUGCCUUAAACACCAACACAACAUUGGGUGGCAGCCUUGGAUUACAGGCAUUAAGUUUGACAGGUCUAGGAGCUCUUCAAAACCAGUUGCUGCAACAGGGUUUAACAGCUAAUGACUUGGCAACAGUCCUUACAGCUCAAGCAAAUGUGAACUCUUCAAAUUUAGGACUUAACACAGACCUUGGACCAAAUAUGCUGAAUUCAUCUACACUCUCCAAUAAUGUUUUGGGAAACAAUUCACUUAGCUCUGGGCCAUUGUCAGGUGGUGGAAGACAAAUGGGAAAUGUGUCUCUAUCUGGACAAGGUUAUGGAAGAGAAAGUUCACAACAGUCCAACCGCGAGAAACAAUCAGAUAUGGUCAUAAUUACAAAUUUACCUCCGACUGUGACAUGGCAGCUAAUUCGGGAGAAGUUCAGUGAGUGUGGAGAUGUGAAGUUUGCUGAAAUGACAGCACCAGAUACUGCUGUUGUUCGGUUCCAUAAGGAGUGGGAUGCUGAGAGGGCAAUUAAAAUGUUUGACAGGACUCGCAUUGAUGGCAGGACCAUAGAUGUGCGUUUCUUCUAA